AUGCCAUCCGACUCCGAGCCUCCCUCCCUGUCUGUACCCACCCGUAGCCCGGUAAACAUAAGUCGCCGCCAGCCCCAGCCCCAGCCCCAAGACCAAAUCCGAAUCUUCCCUUGCAACAAUCAUCCGUACGCCGUCAUCGCCUUCCGCCCCGCGGCCGCGGGGAGACGCGAUGCAGGGACUCCACCGCCGCUACCGAUGGAUCAAGGAGUGGGUUCCGCAGGACCUCGUCAUCGCCGGCGGCCCGUGCGCGCUUUACAAGUGGGUGCGAGGUUGGCUGCUCUUAAGUCCAAGGACAAGAAAGAAGGGGCAUGCACUGCAAAGCCUGACCCUGCCACCGAGGUUCUUUUCUUAUGCAGCUAUGAUGGCUGUGGGAAAACUUUUGUUGAUGCAGGUGCUCUUAGGAAACAUGCCCAUGUGCAUGGGGAGAGGCAGUAUGUCUGUCACUAUGAGGGAUGUGGGAAGAAAUUUUUAGAUAGCUCUAAGUUGAAGAGGCAUUUUCUUAUUCAUACAGGCGAGAAGAACUUCGUCUGCCCUCAUGAAGGUUGUGGCAAGGCUUUCUCAUUGGAUUUUAAUUUGAAGGCACACAUGAAAACCCAUUUUGCGGAUAACUAUCAUAUGUGUCCAUACCCAGAAUGUGGUCGAAGAUUUACACAGGAAUCUAAACUAAGGGCUCAUUUCAGGGCACAACAUGAGAAGUCUGGUGCACAGAAUCCAGGUGGGCCUGUAAUGAACCGCAAUGCACUAGGAGAUCACCCUCAUAACACAGCGAAAUCUCCGGUAACACCACCAGUUCCAUCAGCUGAUCGUCCGUAUGUCUGCCCUUACGAUGGGUGUGCCAAGGCAUACAUUCACGAGUACAAGCUUAACCUCCAUCUGAAGAAAGAGCACCCCAACCACUAUUUGGAUGCUGGUGCUCAAGCUGGUCCGUCGAGGGGCACAGUGUCGAAGAAUUCCCGUAGAAGCAAGCCAAACCUCACAACCAGCAUGCCACUCGCCAAGAUCCCUAAGCGCAGUGGUUAUACGGUGCCAUCUCCAGUUGUCAGUAUCCCCGAGGAGCUUCAGUUGCCAAUGAAGGUGUUGUACGAAGAUGAUAGUGAGGAGACUGAGGAAGAGGGAGAUAACCUUGAGGAGGGGGGAUUGAGAUACAGAGCUGCUAGCGGCGACGAUGACGAUGAGGAGACGGAGGAAGAAGAAUGA